AAGAUGACCUCUGAGGAAAUGACAGCUUCUGUUCUUGUGUCUGUGGUACAGGGUAAAGUGAUACCUGCUCAGUCAGCUGGAGAUGAAAAUAGUGAAAAUGCUUUGAACACCAGUGUUAUAAAAAGACCUACUGGCAGUCUGGGAAGGCAAACCACACACACGCUCUCAUACUUACACAGGCUUGAAGAAGAAAGUCGUCAGGGCUCUCUGCCUGAAAUACUCUCUCUGGCAAAUGAAGAAAUGACUGAUGACAAUAGCAAUGAAAAAUUCUGGGAGAGAAACAGCUCCAUCCCUGAUUCAUUGGAAUUUCUUAAUGUUAACUGUAAUAUUGUACAGAAAAACUGUAAGAGCAGUAUUCCAUGUAGCCAGCUAUAUAAAUCAUGUGAUUCCUUAGUAAGGGGAGACACAUGCCUGGAAACUGGAAUUCCUGUUUCACUGGAAAGAGCCAUGCUUGCUGAGCUUCAGCUGAAAAUGGAUGGACCUUCAUUACGAAGCCGGUCAGCAGUUAGUAAGAAUGAAAAUAAGGAGACUGAGAAGGUAGCCUUUUUUCACUUUCACUGUGCUAGUGAAAGAAAUAUAUCAAAGGCUUUGUGCAGUUUGCACAACAGCUUCAUUUUGGAUAACUGCUUGCAACCUGUAAGCAGUGACGAUGAUCACAGUACUGGCUCUACUGCCUGCUCUUGCAGAUUAAUGGAACUGACAAAUAGUUGUGAGAAUGGAAAUGGACAACAGUUGUAUGGUGGUUGUGACACUUUAAGGGAGAAGUAUUUAUGCCUGGAAAGAGCAGCAAGAAAGGUUAAAGUGGCAUGCUCAGGUCACAGCUUCUGUGGAAAUAACUUUACUGGAAGAAUGCCUUCAAAACCCUUUCUGAGCCAUUUUGAAGACUGCAGUGAUAACUGUGAAGAAGAGAUGGAGGACGAGUUUUAUAGGAACAAAAAGGAGCGUUCCACUUUAUUAAUAAGACGUUUUUGUAAAAAUGAUAAGGAGGUUAAAAAAUCAGUUUAUACUGGAACAAGAGCAAUUGUUAGGACUUUGCCUUCAGGGCACAUAGGAACUGUGUCUUGGAAUUAUGUUGAAAGGAGAAACAGCAGUGGCUUGAAGAAUUGUAGGAUUACAAGAGAGCAGCUAACUAGAAUUCAGUCCUUAAAAUGGGAAUUGAAUUACUUUCUUCGUAAGUCUUUAUGGUAUGAGAUCUUUUGUACAGUGAGAGAAGAAGGAGCAAAAGAUAUUUCUGAAUAUUUUCCUCAUCUCCUGAGAGAGCUCGCAACUUUAGACACAGACUGUAUAUGCAAAGGUGUUGGCUUUUGUGUAAAGCCAUGUGAGACAGGAGCUCACUCUCGAUAUCGUGCCACUUUACAGAGGACUGCACUCUCUAACUAUAUAACUGGUGCUUUACUAGAAGCAACAACAUCAUUGGGAGCAAGAAGUGGUCUUCUAAGUGUCUUUGGAGGAUCAACAGGAAGAACAAUGCUUAAAGAACGUCAAGCGUGCACAUCUAUGGCUGGUUCCAGUGUCCUUCCCUCCAACGUGGCUGGUAUCAGUAAAGAACUGAUCGAACUCCAGCACCUCAUUCAGUUCCCAGAGGAGGUUGCCAGCAUCCUGACCGAGCAGGAGCAGGAGCUCUACCGCAAAGUCCUGCCCAUUGACUACCUCUGCUUUUUAACCAGGGACUUGGGCAAUGCUGAAUGUCAAAGCAAGCUUUCAAGUAUUAAAGCUUCCAUAUCUGCUACUAUUCUUUCUCAAACUGAUGAACAUAAUGCCGUGGAAGAUCUUGUGACAAGAUUUAAUGAGGUGAGCUCAUGGGUUACCUGGCUGAUCCUGACCGCAGGUUCUAUGGAGGAGAAAAGAGAAGUCUUCUCAUAUUUAGUACAUGUGGCAAAGUGCUGCUGGAAUAUGGGCAACUACAAUGCUGUCAUGGAAUUUUUGGCAGGGCUAAGGUCAAGGAAAGUUUUAAAAAUGUGGCAAUUCAUGGACCAAUCUGAUAUUGAAUCUAUGAGAAGUCUGAAAGAUGCCAUGGCACAACAUGAGUCAUCAUCCGAAUAUAGGAAGGUGGUCAAUCGGGCACUCAAUAUUCCAGGCUGCAAAGUAGUUCCUUUCUGUGGGGUGUUUUUAAAAGAGCUUUGUGAAGUUCUGGAUGGAGCAUCAAGUCUCAUCAGACUCUGUCCGCGAUAUAACUCCCAGGAGGAAACACUAGAGUUUGUUUCAGAUUACUGUGGACAAGAUAACUUUUUGCAAAGAGUGGGCCAAGAUGGUUUAAAUAAUGCAGAAAAAGAAUCAACAGCAAACAAUAUAUUUCAAACCAUUCGGAGUUGUAAUCGCAGUUUGGAAUCUGAGGAGGGUGAUGAUAUCAGUGAAGGGAGUGAUUCAAGAAAGAACUCUUUGAAGGACAGAAACCGGUACCAACUUAUAAUUGGAGACCUUUCCGAUUCCGAAAGUGAUAUAUUUGAGCAGUCGAAAGAGUGGGACACUGCUUCAGCGGAAGAGCAGCAGAAAGCUUUCUGUCAUGGGAUAGAGCUCAUUCCUUGGUAUGUGUUAUCAAUCAGAGCUGAUGUCCACCAGUUCCUGCUACAAGGGGCAACUGUCAUUCAUUAUGACCAGGAGACACAUCUCUCAGCACGUUGUUUUCUUCAACUUCAGCCAGACAAUAGUACUUUGACUUGGACAAAACCCACAACAGUUUGCCCUGCAAAUACUAAAGCAAAACUGAGUGUGGCGAGUAGUCCUCCGGAGCUUGGUAAAUAUCAAUUUCUUGGCAAUACUGGACUAAAUGGAUUGGUGGAAGGUUUUUUGGAUUUGUUUUCAGCAAAAGCUGUAUAUAAGGGACACCCUGGCAUUGAUAUGCACACUGUGUGUGUUCAGAAUAAACUGUGUAAUAUGUCUCUUGAAGAAAAUGGUAUCACACUACUUUAUGGACUUCAGACUACUGAUAAUAAGUUGUUGCACUUUGUUGCUCCGAAAUAUACUGCCAGAAUGCUCUAUGAUGGAUUGCUGGAAUUGUCUAAAGCUGUAAGAAAAAUGAGACGUUUUCCUGAUCAAAGAUUACAGUGGCUACGGAAACAGUAUGUCAGCCUUUACCAGGAGGAUGGAAGGUUUGAAGGCCCAACCUUGGCUCAGGCUGUUGAACUGUUUGGAGGCAGGCGAUGGAGUGCAAGAAACACAAGCACAGGAACCCUUACCAAAAGCACUGAGAAACCUAGUGUACAGAGAAACAACACUCUGGGAAUAAGUACAGCCAAGAAAAAGAAGAAAGUACUCAUGAGGGGUGAAAGUGGAGAGGCCACUGACGAUGAAAUGGCAACUCGGAAGGCAAAAAGCUGUAAGGAGUAUCGUAAUAGAAGUGGUUCAGAUCCUCAAGAUAUUGAUGAGCAAGAAGAAUCAGAUCAGAGUAUUAUUAUUAAUGCGUCUCCAUCCAACACCUUGCCAUCGAGAAGAGCUCACUCUCUGACAGCAUCUGGAUCUCCUAAUAUAGCAACUACAACAUGUACACCAGCGAGACCAGUCUCCUCUCCUGUAAUAUGUUCAAGCAAGAGUCAGUCUAGCACAUGGAGCAGCAGUAGCUGGCAUGGCCGAGUUAAAGGGGGAAUGAAGGGAUUUCAGAACUUGAUGGUUUCUGAUAGUAACAUGACAUUUGUGGAGUUUGUAGAGCUCUUCAAAUCUUUCAGUGUUCGGAGCCGCAAGGAUCUUAAAGACCUUUUUGAUGUCUAUGCGGUGCCAUGCAAUCGAUCCGGUCUAGAGCCUACUCCACUUUAUACUAAUUUGAAGAUAGAUGAAAACAGCAGCGGAUUCCAGCCUGAUUUAGAUUUGCUGACUAGGAAUGUUUCAGACCUUGGUUUGUUCAUUAAGAGUAGGCAACAACUAUCAGAUAACCAGAGGCAAAUAUCUGAUGCUAUUGCUGCUGCCAGUAUUGUAACUAACGGUACUGGAGUUGAAAGCACAACCCUGGGAGUAUUUGGAGUGGGCAUCCAGCAGCUAAAUGACUUCUUAGUGAACUGCCAAGGAGAACACUGCACUUACGAUGAAAUCCUCAGUAUUAUCCAGAAAUUUGAACCCAGUGUGAAUAUGUGCCAGCAAGGGCUCCUAUCAUUUGAAGGAUUUGCAAGAUUUUUGAUGGAUAAAGACAAUUUUGCGUCCAAAAAUGACGAGUCACAAGAGAAUGCUGAGGAAUUGCAGUUUCCACUGUCCUAUUAUUACAUUGAAUCUUCACACAAUACUUACCUUACUGGCCAUCAGCUUAAAGGGGAAUCCUCGGUAGAGCUCUACAGCCAGGUUCUCUUACAAGGCUGUAGAAGUGUAGAAUUAGACUGCUGGGAUGGCGAUGAUGGGAUGCCUAUCAUUUAUCAUGGGCACACGCUUACUACGAAGAUCUCUUUUAAGGAGGUAGUCGAAGCUAUUGAUCGCAAUGCCUUUAUCACCUCUGACAUGCCAGUUAUCAUCUCCAUAGAAAACCACUGCUCUCUGCCUCAGCAACGCAAGAUGGCUGACAUCUUCAAGAGUGUAUUUGGAGAUAAGCUGGUAACAAAGUUUUUAUUUGAGAGUGACUUCUCUGAUGAUCCAAUGCUUCCUUCACCUGGCCAAUUGAGAAGAAAAAUCCUGCUCAAAAACAAGAAGCUCAAAGCCCAUCAAACACCAGUGGAUAUACUGAAACAAAAGGCUCAUCAGCUGGCACAUAUGCAAGCACAGGCUAGCAAUGGUGGUAGUGCUAGCACCCCCACAUCCACCAAUGAAGAGGAAGAAGACGAGGAGGAUGAAUAUGACUACGACUAUGAAUCCCUCUCUGAUGAUAACAUUCUUGAAGACCGACCUGAGAGUAAAUUAUCGAGUGAUAAGCUGCAGUUUGAAUAUAACGAAGAGACUGCCAAAAGAAUAAAGAAAGCUGAUUGUGCUACUUACAGUAAUAAAGGAAAGGUUUAUGAUAUGGAACUGGGUGAAGAAUUCUAUCUUCCGCAGAAUAAGAAGGAAAGCAGACAGAUAGCGCCAGAGCUAUCAGACCUGGUCAUUUACUGUCAAGCUGUCAAGUUCCCAGGCUUGUCAACUCUAAACCCAUCUGGCUCCAGCAGAGGAAAGGAAAGGAAAAGCAGGAAGUCCAUUUUUGGCAACAAUCCUGGCCGACUAAGCCCUGGGGAGCCAGCAACUCUUGCCAAAGCAUCUGGAAAAGGCCCGUUUGAUGUGAUGCGGCAGACCUGGGAAGAUCCUUGUUCUUUUAACUCGCCAGCCUCCCUGAGCGCCAUCAUUAGGACGCCCAAGUGCUACCACAUCUCCUCGCUGAACGAGAACGCGGCCAAGCGCCUGUGCAGGCGCUACUCGCAGAAGCUCAUCCAGCACACGACGUGCCAGCUGCUGCGCACGUACCCCGCGGCCACGCGCAUCGACUCGUCCAAUCCCCAGCCCCUCAUCUUCUGGCUCCACGGGGUUCAGCUCGUGGCCCUGAACUACCAGACAGACGAUCUUCCCCUGCAGCUGAACGCUGCCAUGUUUGAAGCCAAUGGUGGCUGCGGAUACGUUUUGAAACCUCCUGUUCUGUGGGAUAAAAGUUGUUCAAUGCACCAGAAAUUUUGUCCUUUAGAAAGAGACCUGGAUAACAAGGAACCAGCUAUAUACUCCCUAACAAUUGUGUCGGGCCAGAAUGUCUGUCCCAGCAACAGCACAGGAAGCCCUUGCAUCGAAAUCGAUGUCCUGGGGAUGCCGCUCGACAGCUGCCACUUCCGCACGAAGCCUAUUCAUCGCAACACCCUCAACCCCAUGUGGAACGAGCAGUUUCUUUUCCGGGUUCACUUUGAAGAUUUGGUCUUUCUUCGAUUUGCAGUUGUUGAAAAUAACAGCUCAGCUGUAACAGCUCAAAGAAUCAUUCCCCUCAAGGCUCUAAAACGAGGCUAUAGACAUGUCCAACUCCAUAACCUGCACAAUGAAGCUUUAGAAAUUUCAAGUUUGUUCAUAAACAGUCGGAGAAUGGAAGAAAGUCCAUCUGGAAACACUCCGCCUGCAUCUGUGCUGUUCAGCCCAGCCGACCGGAGAGCUGCUGCCGCGCACAAAGUGACUGUUCACGGGUUCCCAGGCCCUGAGCCCUUCACUGUUUUCAGUGUAAGUGGGGGGACCACAGCAGCGCAGCUGCUACACCAGCUCUUGGCUAGCACCAAAGGCACUGAGUCAUGUGCCACAGACUAUUUUCUGAUGGAAGAGAAAAGUUUUAUAUCUAAAGAAAAGAACGAAUGCAGAAAACCGCCAUUCCAGAGGGUGAUUGGUCCUGAAGAAGGAAUAGUGCAGCUUCUGAACAGCUGGUUCCCAGAAGAAGGAUAUGUUGGAAGGAUUAUCUUUAAAACCCGAGAGGAAAAUUUCAACGAGCGGAACUCCUUGCAGGACACGAAGGAGGAGGCGCCCGGCAGCGCCGAGGACGACAGCUUCUUCGUCCAGGUGCACGACGUGUCCCCGGAGCAGCCGCGCACGGUCAUCAAGGCGCCGCGCUUCAGCACGGCUCAGGACGUCAUUCAGCAGACUCUCUGCAAAGCCAAGUACUCCUACAGCAUUCUGAGCAAUCCCAAUCCGAGUGAUUAUGUCCUGCUGGAAGAGGUGACCAAGGAGCCAGCUAACAAGAAGUCCUCAACGCCUAAACCAUCCCAGAGGAUUCUCUCUGAUCAAGAGUGUGUGUUUCAGGCCCAGAGCAAGUGGAAGGGAGCAGGAAAAUUUAUCCUUAAACUCAAAGAACAAGUUCAGGCAGCACGAGAUGACAAGAGAAAAGGCCUUUCUUUUGCCAGUGAACUCAAGAAGUUAACCAAGUCAAGCAAACAGUAUCGGGGGUUCGUGUCGCCCGCCGUGCAGCUCUCGCCAGACAGUCCCCAGAGCAGGGACGAGAGGUCUGCGUGCAGCCUGACGUUCAGUGACAUGAUGGAGUAGCAGCCCCGCUGCCUGCACUGCCCUCGGACAGGUUCCAGGUUACUAUAAAGACCCUAAAUCAUCAGGGGAAAAAAAAAAGAAUUCAAGGAAAGCAAAGUAAAUAAUGGAAAGAUCCUAAGAAACUCCCUCCUCUUCUGCAUUUGUUCAUUUUGUUGAGAACUGGAACCUACACCAGUGCAGCCUCUCCAGCGUCCGCAGGCCGUGGUGCUGAGCUGCUCCGAACUGGAGAAGCAGCCGGCGCCCUGGACGGGCCCUCACGCUAGGAAGGCCACGUGGGGCGGAGGAAUGGGAACGGGGCUGUCACCACGCGGGAGAUCCCCUUCUUCCCGUUUAUUUUCACAUCUGCAGAUUCUCGGUAGGCAGAUGAAGCAGCUUUCGUGGACUAUAUGUUAUAAACAAACAUGCCCUCAUCCCAACUUUUUGUUUUAAGCAAAAGAUCGUUUUAACUGUUUGUCUCAAGGGGAACCAGAGGCAGAGAACUAGAACCAGAGUAUUAUGUGUAUUAUAUUAAAAUAAUGCACUUUUACCUAAAGAUUCCUGUUCAACACUGUGUUAAGUGAUUGUAAAGAGAUUUAACUAUAUUGUAACUUCCUUAGCAUAUCGAUUUAACUUUGGUGAAUAUACACAAAAUGCUCAAAUUAUUUAUGGUUUAUCUACUUCAACUUUAACAAAAUAAUGUACAAUAAUAGCUAAAUACAUCUACCAGUAGUGAUCCUUUGACAAGGAACAAUAUUUUCUUCUUACAAAUCCUGUUUUUCCAGACUUACGUUUAAAGAAAGAAUGAAUAUUUAUUAUCCUCUUCUAAAGUAUGUGCCAUUGUAUAAUAUAUUUAUCAUAUACUACUUUUUAGAAACUACUACUUUUUUCACCUAUCUCUGGAUUUAGAGGAAAAAAGAUUUUAACUUUUCAAGUUGUUUCUUUUCAGCUAAAAAGAAGUUAGUAUCUGAAACUGAAACUUAAACAGUGUACUGAAAAAUGCAAUUCACAUUGCAAAAGCUGAAAUUCAAAAAACAUUUUCAUAAAUCAGAAAAUGUCUAUAGUUAUUCUUUACUCACCUCUCAAACCCAGAGCGUAUAAAGAACUUUCACACUACAGCUCCUGACAUUUCUGUUAACAUAGAAACACUGUUGUAAAGUUUUAUAUGUGUUUGCUGAAUUUGUC